GGAAAAUCAACGCUCCACCACACCACUAACGACCCCAACUUCUUCCUCAUUCCAAGAUUUCACCUUAUUUCUCACUGGGCACACGUUUGUGUGCUUUCUUGUUCCCAAUAACCAUUUGCUCCCAUUCAUCUGCGUAUUCUGCACUGAAUGGGAUGAAACCCCAUAUACCCAGAAGCCCCAAACCACCUAAAUUCUGGGUUUUGAAUCUCCAUUGAUGUUUUCUUUAUGUUUUGGCCACCUGUGGGUAUGCAGAUUGUGUUGCCAAGUUGAUGUCUUUAGCAUCUGACACUCCAAAAUAUUUGGAACCCACAAAAGAUUCAUUCUUGGUAUUCCAUCAUCAUCGGUUUCUGUAGUUUCUUGAUCUGUGGAGCAGAAAAGGGUAGUUAUUUUUUUACAGAUUUUGUUUUUUUUUCUGGUAAAAAUGGUGGUCAAAUCUCCUAGAAGCAAACUGGUGAGAGGAAAUGGUAUGUUGUAUCCAAUUAUUGGAUUUGCAUCAUGCGCUGUUUUUAUGUAUCUGUUCUUUGGAGAUCUUUGGAUGAAUUUCCAUGGACAAACAAAUUUGAGCUUUGUGGAGAGGAAUGGUACCCGGUUCUUCACGGACGGUCAAGUGUUCUAUGUGAAUGGAUGGAACUCUUAUUGGUUAAUGGAUCAUGCUGUGGAUGCGAAUAGAAGACCAAGGGUUAGAUCUAUCUUGCAAGCUGGUGCUAAGAUGGGCCUCACUGUGUGCAGAGCUUGGGCCUUCAAUGAUGGAGAUUACAAUGCUCUGCAGAUUUCUCCCGGGAGAUUUGAUGAACGAGUGUUUAGAGGGCUAGACCAUGUAGUUGCAGAAGCUAGGAGGAAUGGGAUAAGGCUGUUACUAAGUUUGGUAAAUAAUUUGCAAGCGUAUGGUGGGAAAAAUCAGUACGUGAAGUGGGCGUGGGAGGAGGGCGUUGCUUUAAGUCAUUCUAAUGACUCGUUCUUCUAUGAUCCAAGUAUUCGCCUUUAUUUCAAGAACUAUGUCAAGACGGUGCUAACAAGGAAGAACACAGUAACAGGCAUUGAGUACAGGGAUGACCCCACAAUCUUUGGCUGGGAAUUGAUUAAUGAACCUCGGUGCAUGUCAGACCCUUCUGGUAAUACCCUCCAAGACUGGAUAGAAGAAAUGUCAUCUUUUGUGAAAUCAAUUGACAGGAAUCAUUUGCUUACUGUGGGACUUGAAGGAUUCUACGGCCCAAAAAGUCCAAAAAAGUUGGGCUUCAAUCCCGAAUUUUGGACUUCCAAUCUUGGGUUAGACUUCAUUCGCAACUCGCAGCCUGCAACUGUGGAUUUCGCCUCUGUUCACGUCUAUCCAGAUCAGUGGUUACACAACCACACAUUUGAAGAUAAAGUGAACUUUGUGAGCAAAUGGAUGAUCUCUCACAUCCACGACGGCGACAAGGUUCUUAAAAAGCCCGUGGUGUUCACCGAAUUCGGGCUGUCAACCAAAAACAAAGAGUUUGACCACUCCAAACGGGACACGUUUUUCAAGGUUGUCCUCGACUACAUAUACAAAUCCGCAAGCAAAAACAUGUCGGGGGCGGGGUCAUUUUUCUGGCAGUUCAUAGUCGAAGGGAUGGAAGAGUACAACGACGAUUAUGGGAUUGUCCCUUGGGAAAGGCCAUCGACCUACAAGCUGAUUACGGAGCACUCUUGUAGGCUAGCAAAGCUUCAUGGGGUCCUCCGUACUCAGAAGGACCAUUUGAAGGUUUUGUGCUCCCAAACACGGUAAAUCAAAGAAGAAGAAGAAGAAAGAAAGAUACGUUUG